AAAUUUUAAAUUAAUGCCACGUGUAAAAUUUUUAUUGGCUGAAGGAGUUUGAGCCAUGUCAGAUUCGGAUUCUGGGCCCCAUGACAGAUCAGCACGUGUUGGCAAGAUAGGAGAGGUAAAGAUAAUGUUUUAUGGAGUAAUUAUCUUCUUGAAACAGAAAGAGAUAAUGACAGUUGGAAAAUAGGGGAAGAUCACAGUUAAAAAGGGGAUUUUAUCUGAUAAAGUACAGGUGGUGAAAUUUGUAAGGAGAUAAGACUAUGUCAAAGGUGAGGUGUCCCACUACUCCAAAAAACCACCCAUUAUUGAGUAACUGCAGAAGGUGGAAGUUACAACCGGCACAUGGGGAACAAAAGGGAAAUUUUGGAAGGAAGAACGCAUGGCCAGCCCUACUCAAACAUCAGCAAAUUUUCAUACUUUGAUUUUCUCUGCACAUGCUUUCAGAUUUCAGAUUUCAGCACAGAUUCCAUUAGAAUUAAGUUGUUUUUUCAUCAUUCCAGUAGACAAAUUAAUUCCUAUAUUCAGU